AUGGAGCAGGCGGUGCGGGAAAGCCCGGUGCCGCACCGUGCCCUCGCUCUGUGCGCGGACGACUGCUACUACGAUGUCGGCGAUAGCCAGGGAUGGACGGAGAAGCUGGAGAAGGAGUAUGGGGCCCGGCGCAUGGAGCGUUGCAUGAUCGACGACAGCAUCGAGGCCAUGGGCCUCGUGUACGAGUUUCCACCCAGCGACAAGUCCAGGAGCGGGAAAAUCUACGUCCUCGCCUUCCGGGGCACGGAGGUGCAGCGGGGCUCCACAGUGGCGCUGAAAAACGCCGUCACGGACCUCGCGCUCGCGCAAGACCCGAAGGAGGAGAUUCUGAUGGAGAAGGUCGCGCGGCUGUUCACGGAGGCAACGGUCCGCAUGUACGGCCAGGUCCGGCGCAACCGCCCGGCCCCGGUCUUCAUCGCCACUGGCCACUCCCUCGGGGCGUUCCUGGCGACCAGCGUGGCCGUCUCGUGCCACCAGGCCAUCCACUGCGCGGUCGGCUUCGAAUCCCCCGGGUCCACGCACUGGCAGGUCCGGCGCGCGAUGGACGUGUGGGAGACGACCAUGUCGACGGAGGACUUCACGGGGGGCAAGAACGGGUUUUCAAGCUUCUGGGGGCAGCGGGUGCUGACGUACAUGGGCCCGCCGAACAUCAUCAACACCACGCUGCCGCACCUGGGCCGGAUGGUGCGCGUCGACCUCCCGGCGCUGGAGAAGCGGAAAGGCGGGCCGCUGUCGUUCGUGAUGCAUGCGGCGCUAGCGAUCACCAACACGCUGGCCUCGGGAUGCAUCUGGUACGGCGGCAUCCGCACCGUGUUCGGCGUCACGGAGGCGGUCGUCCGCUUCACGGACGCACAGCAGGCCGCGGCGGUCGCGGAAAAGCGUUUCGGGCGCUUUGCGCGGUUCCUGGAGGACGAGCGCAACGCCAACACCUUCGCGCUGAUCCGACGGUCCCUGGUCACGUCCGGCGCCGCCCUGGUCCUGUCCGGCGGCAUCGUCUUCGGCUACCUCGCGGGGCGCGCCGGCGGCGCCCUCAAGGAGACCCUCGACGGCCACAACAUGAAGUUCAUGAUUGACGCGUUCGACGCAAAGACGGGCAUGCCCUUCUCCGCGCACGAGAUGGUCGGGUGGCCGGACUUCAACACCAUGUUCCGCAGCCGGCAGCUGACGCUCCUGCAGCGCGUGCUGAUCGAGCCCCUGAACCCGUUCAGCGGGACGUCCGUGGGCGUCGCGAACGUGUUCUCGCGCAAGCGUCUUGUCGAGGCGCGCGUGCAACACCUCCCGGGGUACCAAGAGGACAAGCACCCCGGGAAACGGACGCGGGAGGGCAAGCGCGGGCAGCCGCCGCCGCGGGAGAGCGAAGUGGAGGAUGUCACGGGGUUCGGGAUCGAGCCGGAGCUCGCGCGGCUGGCCAGGGAGGACGGGAGCUACGUUGCAAAGUCACAGAGUGAAGUCGCGGGCAAGUGA